AUGGAGCCUCCCAAGGGAUUUCAUCUUUUUGGAGGAUGCAUGCUCGAGAUCCCAUCGACCGAAGAGCUCGCGGAAGCCUCUCGGUGGACCGCAACACAGUGGAACUUUGGCCCCGACUUUGAACAGAUGGCAAAACGAGAUACUGAGACCUGGAAACAACUCGGUGUCGAGCGCCCGCAUCAUCUUCUCCGGCCCAGUGGUCCGUAG